AUGAUUAACAGAAUAACCCGCAAAAUGAGCGUUGUGAAAUCAAAAGAGGGGAAAGCAGGAGAUAUAAAGAUCAGAACCCACACACCACAGAGGGAGUCAACUCUGCCGAAAGCAAUGGCAGCCGACAUGCCUGCAAACAAGAAAACGAUGCCACCUCGGCCAUAUCUAUUGGAUUUCCAUGGAGUCUCAAUGACUCAUUAUUUCACAGACAACUGGGAGAAAAUUCAAAACUUCCAAGCCAGACCAGAUGAUAUCCUCAUUGCAACAUACCCAAAAGCAGGAACUACAUGGGUCUCCUACAUUCUGGAUCUCCUGUACUUUUCCCAGUCACAGCCAGAUCGUCAGACAUCCACCCCUAUUUAUGAGAGAGUACCUUUCCUGGAGAUUAUGAUCCCAAACCAUCCUUCUGGAACCGAUCUGGCAGACAGUCUGGAUUCUUCUCCUCGUCUCAUCAAAACUCACCUCCCCAUCCAGAUGAUUCCCAAGUCCUUUUGGGAAAAGAAAUGCAGGGUAGUGUAUGUGGCCCGUAAUGCUAAAGACAAUGCAGUGUCUUUUUUUCACUUUGACCGCAUGACCUACGUCCAACCAGAGCCAGGAGACUGGAACAGCUUCCUACAGAGAUUCAUGGAUGGAAAGAUGGUUUUUGGAUCCUGGUAUGAUCAUGUGACUGGCUGGUGGGAGAGGAAACAGUCCCAUCCUAAAAUCCACUACAUGUUCUUUGAAGAUAUGGUUGAGGACACUGGACGAGAGAUAGACAAGUUGAGCUCAUUUCUCGGUUCAAAUUCGACAGCCGCAGCGAAGGAACAGAUCAGACAUCUAGUGCAGUUUGAUAACAUGAAGAAAAAUGACAUGGCCAACUACUCAUCAUUUGAAACAAUGGACUUUAAGAUCUCUCCCUUCAUGAGAAAUGGGAAGGUUGGCGACUGGAAAGACCACUUCACCGUAACCCAGAAUGAACAGUUUGAUGAAGACUAUAAGAAGAAGAUGAAGAAUACCACGCUGCAGUUCCGCACUUUAGUCUGAAGUCUGGCCAGUCAAGGACGAAGAUUUAAUGUGUCUUGUUGGCCUUUAUAUAUUGCUAAUCAUAAUCUUCAUUCACAGUAAGUGUAUUUGUCAAAAAUGAAAACAUCCCCCCUCAACAAUAAUAUUUGUCAUAAUAAAUGAAUAUAAAAAUAUGUGACAUUGUUUUUAUAUACUGUGCUCUUUGUGUACAAAAAAAAUAAUUUAAAUUAAAUUAUACUCAGAAUAAAGCAUACAGUAAUCUGUAACAAUGUCGGUGGCUGCACUCCACCAAGUUGGCUUUUCUGAGCUCCUCCAACUAAAAGGACGCAGGGCGGUGUUGUUGAAAGCUGGUUUAUGUACGGUUUGCAGAUAUUCAAAAAUGACAUUGGUGCUCCAUGUUGUCAUGCAGGAGACCUUUCCUUGAGUGUCUAUGGAGAUGUCUGGUUUAACAUGUAUUCAGCCUUACCCAGCCUCAAAGUCAAAUCAGACUCAGUCCAGGAGAGUCCAACGUCUAUAUUUGUUAACAUUAUUGAUCCUGGUAUAUUAUUCAACCGGUAGGGAGGUAGAUGUCCUUUUCUCAAAGGCAGAAGAUAAUAUAAUGACCAUUAUUUUUGUUAAACCUACAUUGUGAUACAUCUUUACCAUACUGAUGAGCUCUGUCUAAACAAUGUUGAAGUAGAAAGUUUCCAAGAACAAAUCAUCCAUCAACAAGUUCAUUCAUGUUAUUUUUUUCUGUAUGUAUAAAUCGAUUGUGGGUUACAGCUUCAAAGAUAAACGACAUGGACUGGAUACCUUUUCCCCUCUCACCCUCAUCUUUCCCUGCAAACUUACGCACUAGAUUUUGUUCAACCCUUUUAAAAUACUCUUAUACUUCACCCGUACACUUUAAAAUGUAAGCUGCUCUGAACACUUUAUAUACAGUAUACCCAUACACAUGAAAUAAAGUAAAUUUU